AUGAGGCAGGGGGGAUGGCUUGAACUUUUGAAGGGUUAUGAUUUUGAAGUGUCACAGAGUCGUCAGAAAAGUUACCAUGACAAGAGGAGGAAAGCACUUGAGUUCCAGAAGGGAGAUCACGUGUUUUUGAGAGAUAUGCCAGUAACUGGUGUUGGUCGAGUUUUGAAGUCUCAAAAGCUCACGUCGGGUUUUAUUGGUCCGUACCAGAUUUUACAAAGGAUAGGAGAGGUGGCCUAUAGGAUUUCUUUGCCGCCGCUGCUUGAUAAUCUUUAUGAUGUGUUUCAUGUGUCUCAGUUGAGGAGAUACAUCCUGGAUCCGUCUCAGGUGAUCCAAAUGGAUGAUGUGCAGGUGAGAGAUAACUGA